AUAUUACAUUUAUUUCAUAAUCUGAAAGAAGAAUAACAUUUGGAAUAAUGGCAACAGGAGACCUAAAAGGAAGUUUAAGAAAAAUAGAACAAGGACUCCGGUUGUUAAAUUAUCCAAGAGAUGUGGAUUAUACAGUGUUAGUAAAGGGUGAUCCAGCUGCAUUUUUACCUAUCAUCAGCUAUUGUUUUACAUCUUUUUCAACUUACGUAGCGGAACUUUUGGUAAAGUGCGAUGUGGAGCUCACAGCAAAGAGUGACUUGCGUUUUAUUGAAGCUAUUUAUAAGCUUCUUCGAGAUCAAUUUCAUUAUAAACCGAUUUUAACAAAACAGCAGUUUCUUCAGUUUGGCUUUGCAGAAAGAAAAAUGCAGAUUGUUUGUGACAUUAUCAACUGUGUGGUGAAAAAACAUAAGGAAUUAAGUAACUCAACUAAGGUUAAAUCCCAAACGAGGAAAAAACCCAGAUCUUUUAAAUGUGAAGUAUGGUCAAACUGUGAUAAUUUGCUUGCUGAUCCAAGUGGCGGUGCUCUGAAAUCCAAACCG